AUGGUCCUCACAGCCUGGGGUAUGAAGCUGGUGGUCCUGGUGCAGAUGAUGGAAGAAGAUUCCAUCCACAAUAUGAGUCAUGCUCGCGGUCUGCCGGGACUUCCUCCUCUACCCCAGUCAUCCAGUCAGGAGCCCUCAGAACUUUACCAGAUUGUUCUAAGGCACAGUCACUACCCACCCAUCCUUCAGAACACUUCAUGGACUCUCGCAGUGCCAUUGAAGGAACAACGGUACCACAGAAGCCCCAGUGAGUCUAUUGGAAAUAAUUACAGUCCCAGAGCACGGAACCUGAAAGUCCCACACCUGCACCACAGAACUUCACCUGGUGAUACACCUGCUUCAUUGAACUCUGACAUCCAACCUUUGACACCUGAAGAACAGGUAGACAUCAUGCGAAGACAGGAGGAGGAACAGGGGCAGAGCCAGGCUGAACCCACUGAAAGAGAUCUGGAGAGGUAUAUGUAUUACAUCAGUAAGGGGAUCCACAGUCAGAUAUUAGCCCUUCAGCCCCCCCACCAGAUCAACAACAUCCUGAGGUUGGUACCUGCCUGUCUCCACAGUAACAGAAGAGAGUUGGAAAAUUUGUUAGAGGAGGUUCAGUUUGACUACAGCUUCAGUCUCCGCAAGAGCAUUGUGGAUUACAUUCUGUUGGACCCUCAGGAAAGGGAACGGUUGUUUAUCUCCAGGAUUCCACAGCAAUUUCCACAACAUGUAAUCCGUGCGCCAGUCCCAUGGGCUGAAAGCUACCAGAGCGCUCGAACGUGGCACAUGCAACACCUCCACACCAUCAGUCCUAUGAUGAGGCACCUACAGAACCUCUGGAUUGACCGUUUCUCAUCUGUGCGGUUUGUGGCACUGGCGGAUCUCCUGAAGGCUGAUCUCCCCCUGCUGCCGACUGAAUUUGACCAGCUGAUCCAGAGACACUGCCAGAGAACCAGAGACCAUCUUCUACACAAGUGGCUGCCGGACUGUGCCUCUCUGUUUGUGAGCCAUAAGGAUGCAUGGUUAGGGCUGGUGCCACAGAGAGUCAGUGUGAAUCCAGUUAGUGCUCAGGAAUUCUUCUCGUGUGUGUCUGCGCAGAUGUCACUGCAGCUGCGCAGUCUGGUUAUUGCAUCACUGCAGGACCUGCUGCAGUUUCUCAGCAUGCACAAGGAGGGCAAUCAUUUUGAAGGGGAGUUUGAUGAGUUCAGCUUUACCCUGAGGCAGGUUUUAUUAGUGAAACUAAAAGUUGAAGAGCCAAGGAUCAUAUUCCAGCCCAGUCUACAGGAAUGCUGGGAACUUCUCCACAGGGCAUUUAACCAUAUCAUUCACAGCGCUGAGAACCUACCACGGGUGGAGUGUCAUUUGUUCCCAGAGAUGCAGGAUAAGAAUUUGACUAUUAGGUCGGUCAGACCUGAUGAGUCACUGGUGAUGAAACUAAUUGACAGUGCCAAGGAAGUCUAUGAUAGGAACACAGCUGGGCCUCAGAGAUAUCUGGAUGUAUACAAGAACUACAGUAAUCUGCUGGACAGCCUGGCCAAACAAGACAUUGUCCACUUCCUCCAAGAAAAGCAUUCUCUACAGGGCUUCACAAAGAAAAUCGAUGGAGUGCAGACCGUCUGCAGGGAGAUAUCCUCCCUGCGUGUGACUGUCCCUAUGUCCUUGAUUUGUCUGGACGCAGUUGGUCUUAAUGCGGAGCUAUGUCAUCGUGCUGAGAGCCUUAAAGAGCAGCUCGUUACCUUUCAGGUUGAUGAGAAUCGCCAACUCAACAAGAGUAUUUGUCGUCAUUAUGAGGAGAUCAUGGACACGAUCACAGGAGUUCCAGCUAACACAGAGGAGCUGGUGGAGCUUCAACAGUACCUCAGACACACGAGUGAGGUCACCGUUCACAAACUCAAUGAUGAGAUUGAAGAAGCAGCCAACAGACUCAGCUUCCUAUUGGACUAUGCCACCCUGCCAGUGGAGGAUGUUAAGCUGAACAGUGCGGUGUUUCAGUGGCCUGAGCAGCUGGAGUGUUUGUUAGAGUUGUGUAAAGGCAAACUGGCAACUCACAGAGAGCAUGCUGAGGACCAUCUCCACAAGAGACUCAUAGACUUUGAUCAGACGCUGCAGAAUGUGGCUAAGGAGGUUGAGACAUUCAAGAAGAGGGAGCAGAUGAAUGUGGAGGAGAUGAAGAAUAACGUAGAGAAACUCACUGAGCUCACAACAUGCCUGGAGACCGCAGCCAUCGAACUGGAGGACAUUAAUAAAGAGGAGAGUUUAUUGGAGAGAGAGCAGAGUCAGUUCCCUAUGCUGCAGACUCUGAUGGCCAACAAACAACCAUUUGACCAGUUAUGGACAACAGCCCUCAAUUUCCACAGCAACUCAGAGAUAUGGAUGAACGGUCCUUUCCUGGAACUGAAUGCGGAACAGAUUUCUGAUGAGUUGGGUAAUAUGUGGCGUACCAUGUACAAACUCAGUAAGACAUUCUCAGAGCUGCCUGGGCCAAGACGUGUUGCUGAAGGCUUCAGAAACAAAAUUGACAAAUUCAAACAACAUCUACCUAUUCUCACCACCAUCUGCAAUCCAGGCAUCAAAGACAGGCACUGGGAAAAGAUCAGCGCCAUUUUGGGCUUUGAUGUGAACCCAGAUGCAGACACGUCUCUUCUCAAUAUGGUGGAACUGGGGUUUGGAAAGCACACAGACAAACUGGAGGAGAUUGGAGCAGAGGCCAGUAAGGAGUACACUUUAGAGAAAACCCUGGAAAAGAUGAAAAAUGAAUGGGCUGAGCAACGCUUAGGGUUCACACAGUACAGAGACACGGGGACCUGUAUAGUGUCUGCGGUUGAUGAUAUCCAGGUCCUGUUGGAUGAUCACAUCAUAAAGACUCAAACCAUGAGAGGAUCUCCUUUCAUCAGACCCAUUGAGACUGAGUGCAAGGAUUGGGAAGACAAACUACUGAUGAUGCAGGAUAUUUUGGAGGCCAUGUUGAAGUGCCAGGCCACAUGGCUGUACCUGGAGCCCAUCUUCAGUUCUGAUGACAUUAUCACCCAGAUGCCUGAGGAGGGACGCAAGUUUGCUGUUGUGGACAGUUAUUGGAAGGAUAUCAUCACAGAGACGCUUAAAGACACACGUGUGUUGGUGGCCACAAGUCAGCCCAACAUGCUUGGUCGACUGCGAGAGGCCAACGUGUUUCUGGAAGACAUUCAGCGUGGCCUCAACACAUACUUGGAGAAAAAGAGACUUUUUUUCCCCAGAUUUUUUUUUCUGUCUAAUGAUGAGUUGUUAGAGAUUUUGUCAGAGACAAAGGAUCCAUUGCGUGUGCAGCCCCAUCUGAAGAAGUGUUUUGAGGGGAUCGCCAGACUGGAGUUCAGCCCUGAUCUGGAGAUUACAGGCAUGGUCAGCUCUGAAAAAGAGACUGUACCAUUUAUUGACAUCAUCUGCCCUUCAAAAGCAAAGGGUAUGGUAGAGAAAUGGUUGGCACAAGUUGAACAGAUGAUGCUCAGCAGCAUAAGACAUGUCAUACACAAAGGAGUGCAAGAGUACCCUCUGGUCCCCAGGCAGAGGUGGGUUCUACAGUGGCCCGGUCAGGUAGUGAUUUGUGCUUCAUCCAUCUACUGGACCAGUGAAGUAUCUCAUGCUAUAGAAACCAGUACACUACCUGCAUAUGCAGACCAGUUGAAUGCUCAGAUUGCUGAGAUUGUGGAGCUGGUGAGGGGGAGGCUGCCUGGAGGAGCUAGGAUGACUCUGGGAGCUCUGACUGUCAUAGACGUCCAUGCUCGGGAUGUGGUGUGUAAGCUGGCCCAUGAGAGUGUGUGUUCUCUGAAUGAUUUCAAGUGGAUCUCCCAGUUGCGUUAUUACUGGGAGGAUGGUGACGUACUGGUGCGCAUGAUCACUACUGAUGUUAAGUAUGGAUACGAAUACCUCGGGAAUUCACCCAGACUAGUGAUCACCCCACUUACUGACCGCUGUUACAGGACUCUAAUGGGGGCUUUGAAACUGAACCUGGGGGGGGCACCAGAAGGACCAGCAGGAACUGGCAAAACAGAGACGACAAAGGAUCUGGCCAAAGCCCUUGCUAAGCAGUGUGUGGUGUUCAAUUGUUCUGAUGGUUUGGACUACAAGGCGAUGAGUAAGUUCUUUAAAGGGCUGGCACAGUCUGGAGCCUGGGCCUGUUUUGACGAGUUCAACCGUAUUGAGGUGGAGGUGUUGUCUGUAGUGGCACAGCAGGUGUUGAGUAUUCAACAGGCCAUAGCUCGUAAUCUGAAGCGGUUUAUGUUUGAGGGAACAGAGCUAUCACUUAACCCAACCUGCUGUGUUUUCAUCACCAUGAACCCUGGAUACGCCGGCAGGGCUGAACUACCAGACAACCUUAAGGCACUGUUUCGUACUGUAGCUAUGAUGGUGCCAGAUUAUGGUCUGAUUGGGGAAAUCUCCCUUUACUCCAUGGGCUUUAUUGAGUCCCGCAGCCUGGCCCAGAAGAUUGUAGCAACCUAUCGGCUGUGCUCAGAGCAGUUGUCCUCUCAGCAUCACUAUGACUAUGGCAUGCGCGCUGUCAAAUCUGUCCUGACUGCUGCGGGGAACCUGAAACUAAAGUUCCCCCUGGAGAAUGAAAGUGUGCUAGUCUUAAGGGCUCUCAUGGAUGUUAACAUGGCCAAGUUCCUGGCACAGGAUGUCCCACUAUUUCAGGGUAUAAUCUCAGAUCUGUUCCCUGGAGUGGUUCUUCCUAAAAUGGACUAUGGGGUCUUGCUAAAGGCUUUGAAUGACAAUAUCACUAAGCUGAAGCUACAGCCGGUACCCUGGUUCAUCAGCAAGAUUAUACAGGUCUAUGAGAUGAUGCUGGUGCGUCAUGGCUUUAUGAUUGUGGGAGAUCCACUUGGAGGGAAAACGUCAGCAUAUAAAGCUCUGGCUGGGGCACUGGGUGACCUGUACAGAGCGGGGCUGAUGGAGGAGUUUGGUGUGGACUUCAGGAUCCUAAAUCCAAAGGCAGUGACUAUGGGUCAGCUGUAUGGCUGUUUUGACCCAGUCAGUCACGAGUGGUCCGAUGGCGUUUUGGCGACUGCCUUUAGAGAACAGGCCCAGUCGACUGCUGAAGAGCGGCAGUGGAUCGUAUUCGAUGGGCCCAUUGAUGCCGUGUGGAUUGAGAACAUGAACACGGUGCUGGACGACAACAAGAAGUUGUGUCUAAUGAGCGGUGAGAUCAUCCAGAUGAGUCCUAAGAUGAGUCUGAUCUUUGAGCCUGCAGACCUAGAGCAGGCCUCUCCAGCUACAGUCAGCAGGUGUGGAAUGAUAUAUAUGGAACCUCAUCAGUUGGGCUGGACUCCUCUCAGAGACUCGUACAUGGACACCCUCCCAGACAGCCUCAGCACGGAACACCAUCAACUGAUAAUGGAUUUGUUUAACUGGCUGGUCCAGCCCUGUUUGGACUACAUUUGUCACGAGAGCAGUUUCCUGGUUCAGACAUCACAGAUACACCUUGCCUACAGUUUGAUGCGUCUUUACACCUGUCUCCUGGAUGAGAUCGCUCUGUCAGGUGACAAUGGGACGGAGUCUAUGUCAAGUCAACAGGUGACCCUGUGGCUUCAGGGUCUGUUUCUGUUUGCGUUGGUCUGGAGUGUGGGUGGGACCAUGAGUGGUGACAGCCGGGGAAAGUUCGACAUCUUCUAUCGGAAUCUGAUCUCAGGAACAAUGGAUGAACACCCACGACCUAAAAGUGUCAAACUCACCAAGAACAAUGUUUUCCCAGAGAAAGGCACAGUGUAUGAUUACUAUUUUAAUAAGCAAGGCAGUGGACAGUGGAACUCAUGGACAGACUCCAUUACUAAAGAAGACAACAUUAUACCUGCUGGAGCUAGCGUUUCUGAUUUGAUUAUUCCCACUAAGGAGACAGCACGUCAGUUGUUUUUUCUGCGUGUGUAUCUUGCACAUGAGGUGCCUGUACUGUUUGUGGGUCCCACAGGCACAGGUAAGAGUGUCAUCAACAACAACUUCCUGUUGGCGCUUCCCAAAGACCGCUACACUCCCAACUUCAUCAAUUUCUCUGCACGAACAUCCGCCAGUCAAACACAGGACAUAAUAAUGGCCAAACUAGACCGUCGCCGCAAGGGCACAUUUGGGCCACCCCUUGGCAGGAAGUGUGUCAUAUAUGUGGAUGACCUGAAUAUGCCGGCUAAAGAAGUGUAUGGGGCUCAGCCACCCAUUGAGCUUCUCAGGCAGUGGAUAGAUCACCAGCACUGGUACGAUAAAAGAGACACCUCUCGCAUCGACUUGGUCGACAUCCUGUUUGUGUCAGCGAUGGGGCCCCCUGGUGGUGGGAGGAAUGACAUAACAGGACGUUUUACGCGUCAUUUGAACAUCGUCUCCAUCGACUCGUUUGAUGACGACACUUUGAGUAAAAUCUUCUCCUCUAUUUGUGACUGGCACUUUGGGAAAGGAUUCGAUGCCUCUUUCUACAGGCUGGGUAAGAUCCUAGUUCAGGCUACGAUGGCUGUGUAUAAGGAUGCAAUUGGGAAUUUUCUGCCAACGCCCUCAAGAUCACACUAUAUCUUCAACCUGAGAGACUUCAGCAGGGUCAUCAGAGGAGUCCUUCUGUGUCCCCACACACACUUACAGGAGAAUGAUAAAUUGAUCAGGUUAUGGAUUCAUGAAGUGUACCGUGUGUUCUAUGAUCGUCUGAUUGAUGAAGCAGACAGAGAAAUGUUUUUUAACAUUAUUAGAGAGAGAACAUCUGGAUUCUUCAAACAGAGUAUGGACAAGCUACUCGGGCACCUCUCUCCAUCUGGUAAAGUUUCAGAUGAGACGGUUCGCAGCCUGUUUUUUGGGGACUAUGCCAAACCAGACUCAUCAGAUGCUGGAGUUUACGAUGAGAUCACAGAUAUGCACUGGCUGACAGACCUUAUGGAACGGUACCUGGAUGAGUUUAACAACAUAAGCAAAUCUCCCAUGAGUCUUGUGAUGUUCAGAUUUGCUAUUGAACAUGUUUCGCGAAUCUGCCGCGUGCUUAAGCAGGACGGCGGACAUCUGCUGUUGGUGGGCAUCGGCGGGUCUGGGCGCCAGAGCACUACCAAACUGGGAACCUUUAUAAACCAGUAUGAGCUUUUUCAGAUCGAGCUGACGAAGAACUACGGCGUGUGUGACUGGCGCGAUGACCUGAAACGCGUCAUGCUGAAAGCGGGGGUGGAUGGAAAGAAGACGGUAUUUCUGCUGAGUGACGGACAAAUAAAGGAUGAGGCGUUUGUGGAGGAUAUAAACAUGCUGCUGAACACGGGAGACGUCCCCAACGUGUUUGCAGCAGACGAACGCGCAGACGUCGUAGAAAAGAUGGGGGGUGUUGCACGCAUGGAGGGGCGGAGGCUGGAUGCCACGCCCUUGUCCAUGUACAACCUGUUCAUAGAGAAAGUCAGGGCCAACCUUCACAUUGUCCUAGCAAUGAGUCCCAUUGGCAAUGCAUUUAGGAACAGGCUGAGGAUGUUCCCCUCUCUGAUAAACUGCUGCACAAUCGACUGGUUUCAGUCAUGGCCCACUGACGCCCUUGAGAUGGUCGCCCACAAAUUCUUGCAGGAUGUGGAACUGGAUCAUGACAUCCGGAGAGAGGUAGUGGACAUGUGUAAGACGUUCCAGGAGAGUGUGCGAGAGCUGUCCAAUCGUUACUAUUCUGAGCUGCGCAGGUUUAACUACGUCACGCCCACCUCAUACCUGGAGCUAAUCCUCACUUUCAAAGCGCUGCUCACAGACAAACGAGCCCAGGUUGACAUGGCCAGGAACAGAUACCUGCUUGGGCUUGAGAAACUGGACUUUGCUGCAUCUCAGGUGGCAGUGAUGCAACAGGAGCUGACAGCUCUGCAGCCUGAGCUGAUCCAGACGUCUGCUGAGACAGACCAGAUGAUGGUAAAAAUUGAGAAGGAGACUGUUGAGGUCGAUGCUAAGAAAGAGGUCGUAGCCGCAGAUGAGAAAGUGGCCAAUGAUGCAGCAGCUGCUGCAAAAGCCAUUAAGGAUGAGUGUGAGGGAGAUCUGGCAGAGGCCAUGCCUGCACUGGAGGCUGCCCUCUCAGCCCUGGACACACUGAAGCCCUCUGACAUCACCGUGGUCAAGUCCAUGCAGAACCCGCCCGGACCAGUCAAAUUAGUCAUGGAGUCUAUCUGUGUGAUGAAGGGAAUUAAACCGGAACGAAAACCAGACCCCAGUGGAUCGGGUAAGAUGAUUGAGGACUUCUGGGGCUCCUCCAAGAAACUUCUUGGAGACUUGAAGUUUCUGGAUAGUCUGAAGACUUUCGACAAGGACAACAUCCCUGCUGCCAACAUCAGAAAAAUCCGUGAAAAGUUCAUUAACCACCCAGACUUUCAGCCCUCACUGAUAAAAAAUGUCUCCUCUGCCUGUGAGGGUCUGUGCAAGUGGGUGCGUGCCAUGGAGGUUUAUGAGCGUGUGGCCAAAGUGGUUGCUCCAAAGAGAGAGCGUCUCAGAGAAGCAGAGGAGGAAUUGGCAGUUCAGAUGGAGAUGCUGGCAGUGAAACGUGCUGAGCUGAAAGAGGUGGAGGACCGUCUGCAGGCACUAAACGACACGUUUGAGGCCAUGAAUCAAAAAAAGAAGGACCUGGAGAACAACAUCGAACUCUGUUCCCAAAAGCUGGUCCGGGCAGAGAAGCUGAUUGGUGGGCUGGGUGGAGAGAAGGACCGGUGGACAGAGGCCGCCCGUCUCCUGGGUGUCAGUUACACCAACCUGACCGGGGAUGUGCUUCUUUCAGCAGGUACCAUAUCUUACCUUGGUGCCUUCACUGUGGACUAUCGCGUAGAGUGCCAACAGCAGUGGCACAAGCUGUGUCAGCAGAAGGAGGUACCCUGUUCUGAGGACUUCACCCUUAGCAAUACCCUUGGGAACCAAGUGCUGAUCAGAGCAUGGCAGAUUGCUGGGUUACCAGUGGACUCAUUCUCCAUAGACAAUGGCAUCAUUGUGUCGAACUCUCGACGCUGGCCACUAAUGAUCGACCCACAGGGACAAGCCAACAAAUGGAUCAAAAAUAUGGAGAAGGCCAACAAGCUUUCUGUCAUAAAACUGUCAGAUGGGAACUACAUACGCACACUGGAAAAUGCCAUCCAGUUUGGAACACCUGUCCUGCUAGAGAAUGUAGGGGAGGAACUGGAUGCAGUUCUUGAGCCUGUUCUGUUGAAGCAAACUUUCAAGCAGCAAGGAGUGGAGUAUAUGAGACUAGGUGAAAACAUUGUAGAAUAUUCUAGAGAAUUUUUGUUCUACAUGACCACAAGGCUACGAAACCCACAUUACCUGCCCGAGGUGGCAGUGAAGGUGUGUCUUUUGAACUUUAUGAUCACACCACUAGGACUGCAGGACCAACUACUGGGAAUUGUGGCAGCGAAAGAGAAGCCAGAACUAGAGGAGAAGAAGAACAAAUUGAUCCUGGAGAGCGCAGCUAACAACAAGCAGCUCAAGGAGAUCGAGGACAAGAUCCUAGAGGUGCUUUCCUGCUCCGAGGGUAACAUUCUGGAAGAUGAGACAGCCAUAAAGGUGCUGUCCUCCUCAAAGGUGUUGUCAGAGGAGAUCUCAGAGAAGCAGAAGAUUGCUAGCGUGACAGAAAAGGAGAUAGAUAACACACGGAUGGGCUAUCGUCCUGUUGCUGAGCACUCAUCAAUGCUGUUCUUUUGUGUUUCUGAACUGGCAAACAUUGAGCCCAUGUACCAGUACUCUCUCACAUGGUUCAUACACCUGUAUAUACAGUCCAUUGCAGAGAGCCCGUGCAGUGAAGACCUUGUCGUUCGCAUCCACAACAUUCAGGAGCAUUUCACUGCCUGCAUUUAUAACAACGUCUGCCGCUCUCUCUUUGAAAAGGACAAGCUGCUCUUCUCUCUGCUCCUCACCAUUGGCAUUAUGCAGGACAAAGGUCAGGUUGAUGACCUCGUCUGGCGAUUUCUGCUUACAGGUGGAAUUGCCCUUGACAACCCACAUCCAAACCCUGCUCCAGACUGGCUGUCGGACAAGGCGUGGUCCGAGAUUGUCCGAGCUUCAGAACUUCCCAAACUUCAGGGUCUCUUUGAGCAUGUUCAGAUGAAUGUUCCAAAGUGGAAAGGAAUCUACGACUCGAGUAGACCCCACGAAGAACAUUUACCGGAUCAGUGGCGGCUUCUGGUGGGUUUGGACCGCAUGGUGGUGCUGCGUUGCUUCAGGCCUGACAAACUGGUUCCAGCUGUACAGGACUUCAUUGUGGACAACAUGGGAAGUGCCUACAUUGAACCCCCGACCUUUGACCUGGCAAGAAGCUAUAAGGACUCAAACUGCUGCUCGCCACUCAUCUUUGUUCUCUCUCCAGGUUCAGACCCUACUGCAGGAUUGCUGAAGUUUGCAGAUGACCUGGAGAUGGGAGGCAGCAGGACUCAGACCAUCUCUCUGGGUCAGGGUCAGGGCCCAAUUGCUGCCUGCAUGAUUGAGCAGGCACUGAAGGAUGGCACCUGGGUAGUGCUGCAAAACUGCCACUUGGCCACCAGCUGGAUGCCAGCACUGGAGAAGAUCUGUGAGGAGGUCAUCAUCCCUGACAACACCCACACAAACUUUAGGCUGUGGUUGACCAGUUACCCAUCUGAUCAGUUCCCAGUGAGCAUUUUGCAGAAUGGCGUUAAGAUGACGAAUGAGCCGCCCAAAGGCCUGAGAGCCAAUCUCCUGCGCUCAUACCUCAAUGACCCCAUCUCAAACCCUGACUUCUUCUGCAGCACCACCAAACAGGACGUGUGGCAGAAGUUACUGUUUGGACUGUGCUUCUUCCAUGCCCUUGUCCAGGAGAGGAGAAACUUUGGCCCACUAGGGUGGAAUAUUCCUUAUGAAUUUAAUGAAUCAGAUUUGCGGAUCAGUCUACGGCAGAUCAACAUGUUUCUGGAUGAGUAUGAAGAGGUUCCACUAGAGGCCCUCACUUAUCUUACAGGGGAAUGUAACUAUGGGGGACGUGUGACAGAUGAUAAGGAUCGCAGGUGUCUGUUGUCUCUUUUGUCCACAUUCUACAGUAAAGAACUGAUUCAGCAGGACAGAUACAGAGUGUGUGAGGGAGACGCAUACUAUGUACCACCGCAUGGGCCUUACCAGAGCUACGUCGACUACAUCCGCAACUUGCCAAUCAGUGCUGAGCCUGCUGUGUUUGGUCUACAUAGCAAUGCUGACAUAACCAAGGACAACCAAGAGACCAAUCAGCUUUUAGAAGGGGUGCUGCUAACCCUGCCCAGACAGACAGGGGGUGGGGCCAGGUCUCCGCAGGAAGUUGUGGAUACUCUAGCCGAGGAUAUCUUGUCAAAACUCCCAGAUGAUUUUAACAUGGAGACUGUGAUGCAGAAGUAUCCGGUGCUGUAUCAGGAGUCAAUGAACACGGUUCUUAGACAAGAACUCAUACGAUUUAACAGGUUGACCCAGGUGGUGCGUAGUAGCCUGGUGUAUUUGCGGAAGGCUGUGAAAGGGCAGGUUGUGAUGUCGUCUGAGUUGGAGAGUGUAUUUGGGAGUGUGCUGGUGGGUAAAGUGCCAGCGGCAUGGGCAGCCAAAUCUUACCCUUCACUCAAACCACUGGGCAGCUACAUCACCGACCUCAUUGCCAGACUACACUUUCUACAGGACUGGGUGGAUAAUGGCUCCCCUGCUGUGUUUUGGCUGUCUGGAUUUUAUUUCACUCAGUCAUUCCUCACAGGGGUGUGUCAGAACUAUGCACGCAAAUACACCAUUCCCAUUGACCAGGUCGGCUUCGAGUUUAAGGUAACCCAGCAGGAGUGUCAUGUCUCGGAGAAGCCGUGUGACGGCGCGUACGUCCGUGGUUUGUUUCUGGAGGGGGCACGGUGGGACCGGGACUGCAUGUUCAUCGGAGAAUCUUUACCCAAAAUCCUCUUUGACCCGCUGCCGAUAAUCUGGCUCAAGCCGGGCUGCAGUGCCAGUUUCUGCCAUGAGGAUGUGUACGACUGCCCGCUGUAUAAGACCAGCGCCCGUCGCGGAACCCUGUCCACCACAGGUCACUCGACCAAUUACGUCAUGACCGUGCAGCUGCCGUCCGACCGGCCUCAGAAACACUGGGUAAACCGCGGGGUGGCAUGCCUCUGCCAGCUGGACGACUGA